AUGCUGUACAUCAGAUUCCUCCCUCUACUAGCUUCCCUCACAACAACCACUCUCUCCCUCUCCAUCAAACCCGACACCCAAGCCCCCAAUGACGAAGACACUACCCAACUUCCACUGGUAAUCUGGCACGGCCUGGGCGAUAACUACGAGCGCGAUGGUCUUACAAAAGUAGCCGAGCUCGCUCAAACCGCGAACCCCGGUACAUACGUGCACAUAAUCCGACUCGCAGAUACAGGAAACAGCGACCGACAAGCCACAUUCUUCGGAAACGUUUCAGAGCAACUAGAAGUUGUCUGCGAACAACUAGCCGCCGAUCCAAUCCUCAGCACAGCACCAGGAAUCAACGCGAUGGGAUUCUCACAAGGCGGACAAUUUCUCCGCGGAUAUAUCGAGCGCUGUAAUAAGCCACCGGUACAUAACCUCGUUACAUUCGGCAGUCAACAUAACGGGAUAAGCGAGUUCCAAUCCUGUGCGCUGGGCGACUGGUUCUGCAAUGCAGCCGAGAGUUUACUACGUUCAGGGACGUGGGUGGAAUUCGUCCAGGCGCAUGUUGUACCCGCUCAGUAUUUCCGUGAUCGGAAUGAUCUAGCUCCGUAUUUGGAGCAUAGUAACUUUCUGGCGGAUAUUAAUAAUGAGCGUGCGGAGAAGAAGGUGGAGUAUAAGAAGAGGCUUUCUACGUUGAAUUUGUUCGUUAUGUAUAUGUUUGGGAAUGAUACCGUCGCUGUGCCAAAGGAAAGUGCGCAUUUUGCGGAUGUGAAUGGUACGGAUGGGACGGUUACGCCUUUGAAGGAGAGGAAGAUUUAUUUGGAGGAUUGGUUGGGCUUGAAGACCUUGGAUGACCAGGACAGGUUGGAUUUCCGGACCUUGCCUGGGGAGCAUAUGCAGAUUGAGCAGGAUGUGUUGGAGAAGACCUUCAAGGAGUUCUUCAGCCCGACGCAGAAUGAUGCUCUAGAGAAAUUUGUUUCUGGGUUGGGAGAGGAUAUUGAGUCUGGGUCUGAGUCUGUACCUGUGCGUCUAGUUGCGCAGCCAGCUUUUUGA